AUGAAGUUUUCCUCGGGCAGUGGAGGUGAGAGCAGUCGCCCUCAGGCUGUGACAAAUGGUGUGCAGAAAAGCGACCAUAGCGGUAAACUGUCAGUGACCGACAAGCACCACGAGGAGGGCUUGUUAGAUGCGUUCAAGAAAUAUAGGCAAUUGGUUCAUGCCUCUCGUCGCCCGCUGCCCACAGAGACAGGCGAUGGCACCUACAUCGAGGAUGAAACCAAUAGCGGGCUAUGGGCAGAUCUUCGAAGCCUGGGCAUCAAAGAUAUCAACACUCUGUUACGUCUUAAGAAGACAAAGGGGACCGGACAACUAAUAGAUGAUAAGACGAUGUUCAUGGAACAUGUCAUUCAGCUUGUCAGUAGACUCCCCGAUGACUCUAAGACGCGGGUGAAGUUGACCAACUCGUUUCUCGAAGAACUUUGGGACUCGUUGCCUCACCCUCCACUUUCAUAUGCCGGUGAUAAGUAUGCCUACCGGAGUGCGGAUGGGUCUUACAACAGUCCCACCCUUCCCUGGUUAGGGGCUGCCAACACAGAAUAUGCUCGUACCACUCGUCCACAAUCUACCCUGCCACCUAAUCUCCCAGACCCAGGGCUACUUUUUGAUAGCGUUAUGGCCAGAGAUCAGUUCAGGCCGCACCCAAACAAAGUCUCGAGCAUUUUCUUUACUUGGGCCUCCUUGAUUAUCCACGACAUCUUUCAAACCGACCCACGGGAUGAAAAUAAGAAUAAGACCUCAUCGUAUUUGGACCUGUCUAUUCUAUAUGGAGACGUUCAAGAAGAGCAGGACAUGAUCCGGACGUUUGAAGGCGGACGGUUGAAGCCGGACUGCUUUUCUGAACCACGACUCCAGGCCCUGCCGGCUGCAUGCGGUGUUAUUCUGGUAAUGCUGAAUCGAUUCCAUAAUUAUGUGGUUGAACAGCUGGUUCUUAUCAAUGAAAACGGUCGAUUUACUAAACCAAAAACCGAACAUCUUACGGAGGAUGACGCUAAAAAAGCGUGGGCGAAAUAUGACAACGAACUAUUUCAAACGGGGCGACUGAUAACCUGUGGCCUAUACAUCAAUAUUACUCUCUACGAUUAUCUGCGUACAAUUAUCAAUCUCAAUCGAGUAAAUAGUACCUGGUGCUUGGACCCCCGAGCAAGAAUGGGGGAUCACGAGACAACCCCUUCUGGACUCGGAAAUCAGUGCUCGGUUGAAUUCGACCUUGCCUAUCGAUGGCACUCAACCAUCAGUCAGAGGGAUGAGGCUUGGACAGAAAAAGCCUACCAACAAAUUGUCGGCAAACGGGGAGAGGAAGCAUCCGUGGAGGAUCUCACCAGUGCCAUGCACAAAUAUGGGAUGAGUCUCGAUAAAGAUCCUUCAAAACGCACGUUUGCUCAGCUGGAGCGCCAGGCGGAUGGUAAGUUCAAAGAUGAGGAGCUGGUAGCUAUCCUGACCGAUGCAAUCGAGGAGGUUUCCGGCUCCUUUGGAGCGCGACAUAUCCCGAAAGUGCUCCGGUCAGUGGAGAUGUUAGGGAUAGAGCAGGCCAGACGGUGGAGAGUUGCCUCACUUAACGAGUUCCGCAAAUUUUUUGGACUAAAGCCUCACCAAACCUUUGAAGAUAUCAAUUCUGACCCUGAGAUUGCGAAUCGACUUCGUCAUCUCUAUGAUCACCCUGAUCAUGUGGAACUUUAUCCCGGUAUAGUGGUAGAAGAGGCUAAGGAGCCAAUGGUACCUGGGGUCGGGAUUGCCCCGAGUUACACCGUCUCACGAGCUGUAUUGUCUGAUGCGGUGGCUCUUGUCCGAGGCGAUAGAUUUUAUACUAUUGACUACAACUCCCACAAUUUGACAAACUGGGGCUACAAAGAGUCCCACUACGAUUUGGACAUCAACCAGGGCUGCGUAUUCUAUAAGCUUGCGUUACGGGCCUUUCCCAACUGGUUCAAGCAAGACUCGAUCUACGCUCACUAUCCAAUGACUAUUCCUAGCGAGAACAAAGUUAUUAUGACAGAUUUGGGGCGGGAGCAAGAUUACUCAUGGGAUCGCCCUGCAUUCAUUCCUCCCCGGAUCAACAUAUUUGCCUAUCCCAAUGUCCGUUAUAUCCUCGGUGAUAAGGAUAUGUUCCGUGUCACUUGGGGCGAGGCAACUGGGUACGUAUUUGGCCAGCGCGGAUACGACUUUAUGCUCUCCGGAGACACGUCUUUCCAUGGCAGCCAGCGCCAGACUAUGAGCCAGUCGCUUUAUCGUGACCAAUGGAACAAGCACGUCAAAGAAUUCUACAUCGCUACUACCCGAAGGUUAUUGGCGGAAAAGUCAUGCAACCUAGGCAAUGUGAAUCAAGUAGAUAUCACCCGCGAUGUUGGAAAUCUUGCACACGUCCAUUUCGCGGCGAGCGUCUUCUCCCUUCCGCUCAAAUGCCAAAAGCACCCCCAUAGUAUCUUCACUGAGCACGAGAUGUAUCAGAUCAUGGCAGCUAUAUUCACAGCAAUUUUCUUUGACGUCGAUCCUUCCAAAUCCUUCAUGUUGCGACACAAGGCUCGAGAGGCUGCUCAGAAACUUGGCGCGGUAGUCGAAGCCAAUGUCAAGAAAAUUAGUGCCACCAGCCUCGUGUCAACGUUAUUUGACGGCUUCCGCUCCAAUGAAUACCCAAUGAGAGAGUAUGGGAUUCAUAUGGUAAGGCGGUUGCUGGAAACCGGCUUGGGGCCAUCGGAGAUUACCUGGUCCCAGAUCCUGCCCACCGCAGUUGCCAUGGUCCCCAACCAAGCGCAGGUCUUUACACAGAUCAUGGACUACUACCUUUCCGACGACGGCAGAAAGCAUCUUCCAUCUAUCAAUCGCUUUGCCAAGGAAGACUCGCCUGAGUCGGAUGACAAAUUACUACGCUACUGCAUGGAAGCGAUUCGUAUUAAUGGAAUAUUCGGGUCGUAUCGCGAGUCGACAACCCAAGUCACUCUCGAGGAGCAAGGCCGCCAAAUUAACAUCAACCCUGGUGAUAAAAUAUUCGUGAGCUUUGUUGAUGCCAAUCGGGACCCUCACGUCUUUCCCGACCCGAACGAGGUCCAUCUCGACCGGCCCAUGGAGUCUUAUAUCCACUAUGGUGUUGGCCCACAUACCUGCCUGGGCCAGAACGCUAGCAAGGUUGCUUUAACUGCUAUGCUGCGGGUGGUCGGCAGCCUGGAAAAUCUGCGUCGUGCUCCUGGGCCUCAAGGAGAGCUAAAGAAGAUCCCGCGGCCGUUCCAUUUCUACAGCUAUAUGAUGGAGGAUGAGACGAGCUAUUAUGCCUUCCCAAUGUCUUUCAAGGUUCAUUACGAUGGUCAAAUCGAAUAG